GGCAAAAUUGAAAAUGGUCAACUGUACCAUCCCCUGGGACACCUUUCAGGGGGACAUCCCGGACUCUCUCUUACAUUUCUUCAUCUUCUAUUGCUACGCCGUCAGUUCCGUCGGUCUUAUAUGUAAUGUUGUGGCGCUGUGGUGUGUGGUGAGCUGCCCGAGGACACGCCCUGCCGUCAAGGUGCUGCUGUGUGCUCUGUUUUCCUCUACCCUCCUCAUGUGUGUGCUGGUGAUGCCCUUCAUGGCUUACGUCGGGUUAUCCAAAGUGCGCUGCUCUGUUUACCUUCCAACACCGCUCACUGAAGGCAUGGUGCUCCUCUACAUCGUGCUGACAGAGAUGGAGCUGCUGUUCAUUGUAGUCAUGGCUUUCCUCAGAACGGUGGCUGUGUGGUCUCCACAGAGGCACCAGGUGAAGCUACGGACAAGUCUGGCCCUGGUGGCAGGCGUCGCUCUCUACGCCACUGUCACCACGCUAGUGGUGUUUUGGCGUGGUAUCAACAUAGUAACGAAAUUGUCAGCAAGAAUCUACAACUGCCUCAACUUCCUGGCUCCCGUGGUGCUCACCCUCGCCUGCUAUCUCUCCAUGAUCGUGGCCGUACGGUAUAACAAGAGUCGUGUGGCCAGCAGUAACCACGCAGCACUCACGGGCAAAGUGAUGGACCAGGCCACGCGGGCCAUGCUGGCGGUGUUCAUCAGCAAUCUCCUCCUCGGCCUGCCGCACUCCAUCUAUCACAUUCUGCCCGUCGAUUUCAGCAUCAUCCCCUACGUCAUCGUGCACAUCAUUUUCUAUGCGCACUUAAUAGUGGACCCUCUGGCUUUCCUGUGUUCAAACCACCACCACCGGCAGCGCCUCCUGCAGGCAGUGACCUCUUGCCUGAACGUCAUUCCCUGCAGGUCACGUCCACCCUCACACGCCACCUCCACCUUGCCUCUCCACAUCACGCCUCAAACUUCAUCUCAGCAGCUACAGGAAAAACACGGCGGAGACCCGUCAUGAAGAUUACUCACAAACUGGAGGUGACAUGAAGGUCAUGCAGUUAACCUGACCCAGCUGUUGAUUUGGUUUCAUUAGGAUGGUACAGUAAGUUCGGUGAAUUUAGAUCGUAACCUAAUUCAAAUUAACACUUGGUUUCGCUGAUAUGAUCUUCGUGAGAAGUGAAAUUUGUAACAAGUUAAGAGCAAUAUCUUAACUUGCUGUUUCUGUUAACGAAUCAUUCUCAGUCUCUCUAUAACAACUUUAUAUAUAUAUAUAUAUAUAUAUAUAUAUAUAUAUAUAUAUAUAUAUAUAUAUAUAUAUAUAUAUAUAUAUAUAUAUAUAUAUAUAUAUAUAUAUAGUUUAAGUACGGCACGCUUGGCAUUGUGUCUAUGUAAAUAGUUCAUCCUGUUCUCAAUGUACAUCGGGAUCCAGGCGGCGUUGUGUGCGGCGCCCUGAUCGCAGUUACUGGCUGGACCGGUGCUGCGUGAUGCGGGGCAAUAUCUCGGUUAAUGCAGCACUGUCUCGCAUCCUUAUUCAUUGUCAUUAAGAUCUCAUUGUUGUGGUGAAAAUUACAAUGUAAAAAUAUUUCCUUAAUUAAGCUAUCAAUAUUGCUUAUAUAAGAAUUGUAGUAACUGAAGUCAUGACAUAUAUAAUGUUUUGGACCAAAUCAGGAACACAAUUUUCUCGUCUCAGCAAGCACUGGCGCGUCCUCAAGGCCACUGUUCAGGACAGCCAUGACUCACUACACUGUUACGUCACAUACGCGGAAACAUACAAUCACUCAGAAUUACAUGCAUACUCGGCAAGGAUUACGCUACAUGCAUAAUCUUUCCUUGUCACUUUUCUUUCUCUAUAUUAAUUCACUUUCUUCGCCCAAGUUUCUGCAGCUCUUGGUCAUCCUCAUUUCUACCUCACAAAACUGAUAAAUGAAAAGAUACGAAAUGCAUAUACGUACUUACUAUGUAUGUACAUAUUAUAUACGGCCAACCAUAUCUUACUCUGCUUUCGUCAUGCCUCCCUCCACCCGUUACCGGACGCUCUCCUCUAUUGUUGGGAGAUAAUGCGAUGGGAUUCCCGCCUUACAGAACGACAGAUUUAAACAGAUACCACAAACUUCUCGGUAUUAUGGUAAACACUUCACUUCCUACUGGGCCACGCCUGGGAGGAGUGCCAAAACACCUCGGGAACUCAAUUUAUCCACCCAACCAUUUGUUUGUUCGUUUAUUUGUUUCUAUUUGUCUCUCUUCAAAGGAGGGAGCGGCAACGCAGAAGAACUUUUACUUUCAUUCCUUUGUAAAGUAUCUUCACUAUUUUUUUAUUCAUUCUAUGUAUAUGAAAUACAGUAAAAACAUUGUUUCUUA